CUCUUAUUUGAAAAAUCGUCAUUUUUGUCCAAUCCGAAAGGUCUUUUUGCAGAUAUGAAUGACGAGAAUGUGCGGGCGCUGGCAGCGCUGCAGGUGUCUGGCGAGCUGUCCGAGCAUGUGCGUCUACGUGGGAUGGUCACGUGUCCACACUGCCACCAGGGUUUUGGACGUGCUUCACUGCCCAUCCACAUGCGUCGGUGUCGCUCCCUUCUUCCUCCAACUGAAGAGGAAAUGGCAGCAGCAGAGCAGGACAAAACCACCAGGAGGGUCCAAGUGCCCUCACUAGUAGAUCUAUGCCUCCGGUUUGUGACAAAGCACUUCGAGUCCGUCUGCAUGGACAGGAUCGUGACGUUCCCCGAGGCGGAAGCGGCUCUGAUCGGGUCGAUGCCGAGCAAUUUGGUGCAUCGCAUGGUGGUGAACCUCGUCAAAGACAGUAAACGGGUAAGAAAGAAAAACCGAGCGAGUCGAGCGAUGAUUGAGACGCUAGAGAGCGCUUUACAAGGAGCUCGACGCGAUGUAGCGCAACUUGAGUCAGCUCGGGAAUGGGCAGCCAUCAGUCGAGCGAAAAUGACAGAACAGAAGCACGUCUCGGACCAACUACAACGCGAAGUGUAUGCGUCAAAGAUUGCGUUAUCGUCUGCUGAAUGUGAGAACAAGCAGCUUGAAGCUGCAGCUAAAAAGACUGAAAAGAUUAUACUCCGACUACAAUCCAAGCUUAAGUACUUUAGCAAAAUGACAAAGCCGUUCUAG